UUGGUUGCAGACGAGCAAAAAAGAGAAAACAGUGGAGGGGAAGGAAAGAGAAAGGGAGGAAGAAGGGGUGGGGAGGAGGAGGAGGAGAAGCAUUCCUUGGCAGGCGAACUAUGCAUGCCCUAAGAAAGCUCUGAGAGAAUGGCUGUGGAAGCUAUCCAUUGCAGUCUAAAUCCAAACGGUAUUGACCUCUCCGUCCACACGGAAGGAAUUAACCUGCAACUUGAAGGCGAGAGAGUGGACUCGUCCUCCCAUAAGAAGGAGAGCUCUUCCAAGUUGCUCGAGUCAAAAGGAACGCCCAAGAGACAGCGCGGGGAGCCAGAAUCAUCUAAGUCUAAUAUUGUGAAACUGACCAAGCCGGUGGCGCUGUGGACCCAGCAGGAUGUAUGCAAGUGGCUGAAGAAACACUGCCCUAAUCAGUAUCAAAUCUACAGUGAGUCAUUCAAACAGCAUGACAUAACUGGCCGUGCGCUGCUCAGGCUGACAGACAAAAAGCUCGAGCGGAUGGGGAUUGCUCAGGAGAGCUUGCGGCAGCACAUUCUGCAGCAGGUCCUCCAGCUCAAGGUGCGCGAGGAAGUCCGGAACCUCCAGCUGCUCACGCAAGAUCUUGCAUCCAUGUGUUAACAGCAGCCAUCGACUUAGAAAAAGACAUUCCCUUCUAUCACAGCCUCGGCAGAGAGCUCUUCAUAAACAUUGCCAGCCUCUGAAGCUGCUGCCCUGCCAGAUGAUUCCGAAAUGAACUUUUUCUCCACGAGAACUCAAACAAAAAUUACAGCAUGAAGCGAUGGCACUGCCAAAAGAAGACCGCUCUCGAGAACUGGAGGAAUAGCCAAAGCCCAACCCGUCUCGUCAGCGGGAUAAAACAUGACGAAUCUUGGUUUGCUUGGGGAAUUGAAAUAAUGGCUUGUCAUUGGUGGACGCUUUAGGCUGGAAAGCCUGCUUCUGAUACUCAUCACUGUGCAUAAACUUCGUGUUCCCAUCAGGGAACUCUCUGACCUUCACUAAAAGUUCUGGGUUUGGGGAUUCCAUUUUAGGGUGUGGUUUUUUUUGGGGGGGUGUUCUUUAGCAUGACAAUACUGGAUUAUAUUAUGUAUGCAGACAGCAUGAUGUUUAUGGGAUGGGUUGGGCGGGAAGUUCCAUCUCUGCGAACUCACUGGAAAUGUUCACAAUUAUCCUUGCUCCCUGAUAGGAAUGUAGGCAUAUCCUGUAUGUGUUAGUGAUGCAGCUGAAUGGUCAAUUCCAUCCUACGGUGUCGGCGUUCCACACAGACGUUCUCACGGAUUUGGUCGUGCUGUGGGGAAACUUUCUGAGAACACAUCUGUUAAAAAUGAGUUUCAUGGAUCUCCCUUUUGCUAGGAUUUUACCAUAAGUCUAGCUCAUGAUUUGCAUCCCUUCACCGAUUCCUGCGAGGUUGGUCUGGUAACUUGUCUGGAUGUUGUUAGGCUAUUUUGACACUUUACUUAUAGAAGUAGUAGAAUGAGAGCACGUACGUUUCUUUGUUGCACUAAUUCCUCCCCCCCCCCAAAAAAAGACGAGUAAGACUGUUGUUUUGAUGCAUGUUCAAUAAUAGAGGGAAAGAAAAUAAUCUCAGAUAAAAAAGAUUACUCUCUUGUUGCAAGAACCCCUUGUUUUUGAUGAUGAAGACAGCUGUGACUUUGUAAAAACAGUGAGGCAAUUCCUGUAGCAUCCUCAUCACACUUGGUGAAAGCAUCUUUUCCUUUCUCUUUAUCCUUAUGGGGCUUUUAUUUCAAAAUAUAUGCAUUGUUUCCCAGGGUGACCUCUGAAAAACCUGCCCUCAUCUGUAGCAAAAGCCAGCUGUGCAGAGUACUGAUUGGCUAGCGCAUGUAACGCCAUGAACACCACCUGACCACCCGCUUUAUCUCCCUGGAACAGGGAUGCUCACCAGUUUUUAACAGGGGAAAAAUGGGAAAAGGUGAACCUAGAGAUGGAUACACUUACAUAUGCUAUUUUAAAUAAAAUAUAUCCCCCCCCAAAAAAAACUAUUUGGAAACAGGACUAAUUGCUUGAUCCAGGGUUUGACUUCUGGCGAGGAAGUUCUUGCGACCACUGUUUAAACGUUAUGUCUGUCUUCACCAUUAGAAGCAAUUUGUGCCGAUGGUCGAGAGUAAGAAUACUUGGGGCAGGGGUGGGUGGGAAAUGACUACCUUGCCCUUUUUGUUUUUAGGUACAUGGAGAAAUUUUGCAGAUUAUGAUGUAGCAAGUUUAGGAAUGAAGACUGCAGUAAUUUAUAGGAUGGUAAAAUUAACCACCAAUCACUUCCAAGUCUCUUUGGAGGACUGAAGCUUUCAGUAAAGCAGAGCUUUCCCAAAUGUGUUACUGAGCAGGUUGGUCCAAUGCCAUUUUCUUCCUUUGACCAGCUCAGUCCCUGGGCUUCACAUCUUCCUUCCAUCAUAUGCGCCAUAUUGUCCUCAGAUCUCUCUUGGGUUAGCCUGAUAACUCACUGGCGGUGGAGUAAGCCAAAAUCCCAAAGGCCACAGAUAUUUUGGAAGUCUUCAAUAGAGUGUCAAGGAGCCAUCUAUUGAACUAUGUUGUGUUUUGAAUCAGAGCUGUCCCUUUUUCAGCUUAAGCCUUUUGCUGUCAUAAAAUACUGUUUACUUUCAACAUAACUGUAGCUGGCUUAAGACUGUUGCAUCUGUAAUGUACUGAACUUAGCUCAGCACAAUUCAUUUUCUAGGUUGCCAAAGCAGAGCAGGCUAUGGCUUAAUUUCCAUCCAUAAAAGUGCUUUCCACCCAGUUUCCCUUGGAAACAAAACUUUCAGUAGUGAAAGAUAAUGGUAGCAUCCAUAGGAAACCCGAGGGUCUAGAUCCUUCUAGACCCUAAAUCAAGAGAUAGGAACUCUGCAAUUGACCUCUCUUUCUCCCACCUGAUAGACUGUUACACUUACUGAGUGACUUUGAAUAUAUAUGAACUUCCAUGUAAUUCAUAUGUUGAACCUUGUCAAUCCUACAGGUUGUACUGUACCUUAAGAAACCAGCUGUUCUAUGAGCACACAUGGAUCUUGAACUCCUCACCUCUUUUCCUUCUUGUGAUCACUUGCAAUUUACACUUGUAAUCCCUUGCCAUUGGCAGCCCAGAUGCAACCAUGACUUGUGGACUGGGCAGCCUUCACAAAAGAACCCAAGAAACUCGGCGCCUACGCAUUUGCUAAACCAAGACUGGCCAUCUCAGCAUAGAUGGUGGUUGUGUGAAAUUGCUACCUGCUUUGAGGAAGAAAUCAAAACCCAUAUGGAUUUAGUAACCAUCUCGCUUUGUCCUGGUCAAGCACUUGUAUCAAAUUGCCAAUGUUUUCUCAAUCUGGCCCUUGAAGCUUGACCAUAUUUCUGUUGUUAGGCUUCUUCAUUUGUGAUUUUCCACACAAAUGAUUUAGUGUGUUCUGCUACCCGGAGGAAAGAGUCUUUCUGAAUAAAAAUCAUGUCCCAAGCAUUUGCAUUCUUUGGGGGGGGGGGCGGGUUGCAAUGCUUUGUGAUGUCCAUGCAGGAAGUUCACAAGCUGGCAUUGCAAGCCAAUUCCGACUGCUUUUCUGGUGCCAUGGCAUUGUUCCUGUCUGCUGAGCUUGACAGCGGCUGCUGGUUUAGAGGUGUAAAAACGUGACAUGGAAGUUCCCUAGGAAGGGGACAGGCGUGUUUUGGGGAAGUUAGUUGAAGGCCACGGGUGGUCUUCAACUAAGUUUUACUCAGGGUCAACCCACUGAAACGAAUGAACGUGACUACAUUGGGUCCAUUAAGUUCAGUGAGUCUACUCUGAGUAAAAGGCAGUUGACUACCACCCCAGGACAAUGUGGUUGAACUUGGAUCUUCAAUAAAAAUAAUAAUCAAUUGCCCUUUGUAUUAUACAAUACAGUCACUGAUACUACCGGUAACUCCUGUAUGGGACCAUGUCUACAACCAGUGCCUCAGAUUAUUAUUGACUAGUGAUGAACCAACUUCUGUGUGUGCCUAGGGGAACUAACUGGUUUCCUUGCACAUUCUCUCAGCACUUUCCUCUUACACCAGCAGCUGUUCGUUGCAUGUACAGCCUUCAAGCAUUAACAGACUCCCUUGGUAAUCCAUGUGUGGACUCCCAAUGAAGUGUUUUUGUUUAAAAAACAAAACAGAAGGAAGAAGAGGAGUCCUGCUAGGUCAGACCCAAAGACCCAUCUUUGGUCCUGCAUUUGGUUUCUAACUCUGACCAUCAGCCAGUCGACUCUAGAAGCUCAGGGUGUGAAGACCUCCUUCAUUGUUUGUCUCCAGCAUCAGGAAUUCAAUUAAUCGACCACCCUGAUCUGUCGUCCUUUUCCCUUAGGGUUAGCUGGGUUGGUUUCUGAAUCCUGUACGAAAGAAUUGCGUUAAAUACAAAAAUGAGAGAAAAGCAAUGUGCAGGGCCAACGUGUAGAGGACAUCCUUAGUGAAGCUCCUCUCUGGACCCUUUCCAACAUGUCAACAUCUGCCAUGCCCCUCGCUGAACUUCGGGUGAUAUUUAGCUGAGUUUUGCACAGAGUAGUCCCAUUUAAAUUAAUGGACCAAAUUUAAUCGAAUACCACCCAUGGUUCUCUAGCUGCUAUCUCCCUGCAGUGAUUUUCCUAUUUUGUAUCUUGAGGAACUCUUUACAUGUUGACUUGCGUGCUGAAGACACCUACCAUUAAAUCCUUGUGUGUUGCAACGAUGGUGCAUGUUCUCAGUCCAUGUGGGGCACUGGCUGGGCCUGUUGGGUCUCAUCAUGGGCCCUUGUGAUUUGAGGAAGCACACCCAAUAGGGAAAGCCGAGUGGUGGCAGCAGCUAAGCUGUUUUUCAGGAAAUUGUACCUGCCGUUGUUGACCCAACUCAUUAACCUCCUGAGGAACACCAGGGGAACUUAAAAGCACAGUUUGAAGUUACAUCUUCCUCAUAAGCUUCCUCUUCUGUUUUGUGGUGAUUUUAAAAAAAAAAAUAUUCCAGGAUGAUUUCCUGUAACGAAAAAAUACGUGAGCUGUUAUGUGUUGUUAUAUAAGCCUAGAAACUAAAUGUGUUCUCAGGUACUGGGUAACCAAUAUAACGGCUGCCAUUUUGUUUGCGUUUGAGGGGUAUACCCACAAGUCUUUGCCAUAUUUGCUUCCAUUCCACAGUCACCAUUGUUGGCCUCACUGUCCGUAGUGACACCUUGGGGCACAGACCAGCCAAAAGAACCUUCAAAUUCUUCUCCUCAUCUGGGCCCUUCGAGUUUCAAUCAACUGUUCUCAUUCCAGUCCUCUAAAAUGACAAUUGGAAAGUAUGUUUCUGUUGCUCAUGUCUCCUCCAAGGUCUUGGGCAAGGUGGAAUUCAUUCUGAGAUUUGGGCUGGGCAGAAAAGCCCUUAUUUGCAAACUUACCAUGAGAUCCAAAUAAAGGUCUGAUCAACUACAAUGUAUACAUGCUUAUCCCUGGCAUAAUUGUCAUUAUUUUGUGGUGCUUUAACUUGGGGGUGGGGAGGUAAGCAAGUUUCAGGAUGCUGUCAGCAGCUCCCAGCUAGUUGCCCAGGAAAGUACAGUGGGACCUCGACUUACGAGCUCCUCAACAUCCGACGUUUUCUACUUACGAGCGGAAAAAGUGGCCGCACGCUUACGAUUUUUUCGACAUCCGAACGGAAAGCCCGUUCGCGGCUAGAUGCGGUUUCCUCGACUUACGAGUUUUUAGAUGCAGUUUCCUCGACUUAUGAAUUUUUCCGUUUCCAGUGCAUUCCUAUGGGAAACCGCUUUUCCUGUGGGAAACUCGACUUACUAAGUUUUCGACCUACGAGUGUGCAUUCGGAACAGAUUAAAUUUGUAAGUCGAGGUCCCACUGUAUAAAGAAAAGAAAAAGUUUCUUACUGUCCUCUUUUAUUUCAGUAUUUACAGAGAGAGGCUAUAGGACCCAGCCUCUUGGAUAAUGGUGUUAUCCCAAGUGAAUCUACACACACACACACACACACACACACACACACACUCCCACUUCCUCAUUCGUCACUUCUGCGGCUGCUGCUUCAUGCCCUCUGUCUCUGAGCUCUUUGCUCUCCUACUUUUAAGGCUUGCUGAGUUCUGGGAGAUGGAGGAUCUGGAAUACUUUCUAAUAACACCAUGUCAGCCAGCUGCCGCUCUACUUCUGCCCCCUCCUCCUCCUCUCCCAUUAUUUCCCAACUCUCCCCCUCAUCUGCCUCGUGAGUUGUGACCUCCCACAAACCACUGUUGUAAAUUUAUACUGCCUUCCUCUUCCUCCUCCCUGGAAGGGUCAGGAUGGGGAGGCGGUCUCCAACAUUCCUCCUCUGCCCUAGCCCUGACAGCAAGGUGUCUGAAGAUAGCUUUGGAACCAACUCUAUGGAAUUCCAUGGGAAACAGACCAGAGUUAACUGCGUAGCAUUUUUUAUAUAUAUACAUAAGAGAAUGAAAAACAAAUAAAUGAUUUGCUAAGGGAAGGGUGUUGGUAAGAGGAGUAUUGCUUAUGAUAUGAGAUUAUGGGGAGGUUACUUUUGUUUUUACGCAGAAAAUUUCAGAACAAGAGGUCUCACCUCUUAGAUCAACCACGUUCCACCAGACUCACAACCUGCAUCGACUCGCAAACCAGCUGCAACAAAACAUGUCUCUCCUGCACAGUAAGUGCUGCAACUUUCGAACAGUUUGACUUCACUCCCAAAGGCGCAUUCCUCCAUCGUCUCCAGAGACAGACGGAUGCCAGCAAUCAGUUUAUAUUCCUGCUAGUUCAGGAACUAAUUGUGGUAUUCUUCUCCUGUGGAAUCUUAACUCUCCUUUUCAGAUCCCAUUCUGGACAAAGAAGGAGGCGGCUGCUGCUGCUGCUGCUGCCGCCAACUUUGCAAUGCUCAAUUCCUCCAGCAAUACCAAACUGAAAUAUUAUUAGGUGUCAUCUGGGAUGAACUUGAAGAGGAAAAUCUCUUUUCUGUUCCUUUUGUGGUUAAUAGUACGUCUCUCUAUGUACCUAUUAUGACAAAAUUGUCUCAUUGCUAUGAAAGCGUCCAUUUCAAUCGUUUUAAGCACCUUGAAGUGAAGCCAGCUGUUUGGCAUCAACCGUCCCCAAAUUAAAUGACUGGCCCCUUUAAAAAAAAAGUUUAUAGAAAUGAAAGAGAUCAAUACUUUCACCAUAAAAAACCUGCGUGUGAGCAGUAAAAAGAUGACUAGGGUGGAGCGAAUCCUAUUGAUCCUACCCAGUGAAAUGCUGAAGGCGCUUGUGUGUGGCGUUCUGCCUUGUUUAUUUGGAGUCAGCGCUUUUUUGUGUAACUUGCUUCCCCUUUGCUAGUCCUCCGUCUGAUCCUUUGCUUGUUUGCUUUAGCAAAACAGAUGUCUGGACUAUUUGCACCGCUGAUCCUCAUGCCCUCUUUUUCCAAAAGCCACAAUUUCUGUUCCUUCCCUUUGGAAUGAGAUGGCUCUUGAGUUAUGAGUUGCCUCUGCUCCAGAUCAAUCCUGUUCCGUAAGCAGAUGAGCUUCCAACCAAUGCUUUUUUUUAAAAAAGAGAAAAAAAUCCAUCUGCAAGAGGCAGACAUUUAUCACAUCCCUCCCCCCUUAAUCUGCCCAGCAGGCCUUUGAGCUCCACUGACCCAGAUAAGAGGGUAUCCCAUGAUAGCCUGUGAAGUCAGAAAGUGUUUUGAGCUUCAUGAGAUAGUGGAAAUACAUUUUGAGAGAGGUUAUUAUGAGCGCUCUCUAGCUGGCACUAUCAUACCCUUAAAAAGAGAGAGAGAGAGACUCUAGUUGUCAGGGGCUCCUGAAAGUAAGAUGGCUGCAAAUUUUUGGGAGGCAGGGACACUGGGAAGGAGUAAGAAUCUGUGUUAAAAGGUAAAGGGACCCCUGACCAUUAGGUCCAGUCGUGACCGACUCUGGGGUUGUGCGCUCAUCUCGCAUUAUUGGCCGAGGGAGCCGACGUACAGCUUCCAGGUCAUGUGGCCAGCAUGACAAAAGCCGCUUCUGGCAAACCAGAGCAGCACAUGGAAACGCCAUUUACCUUCCCGCUGUAGCGUUUCCUAUUGAUCUACUUGCAUUUUUGACCUGCUUUCGAACUGAUAGGUUGGCAGCAGCUGGGACCGAGCAACGGGAGCUCACCCCGUCACAGGGAUUCGAACCGCCGACCUUCUGAUCAGCAAGCCCUAGGCUCUGUGGUUUAACCCACAGCGCCACCUGGGUCCCAAGAAUCUGUGUUGAUGCUGUUCAAUUGUGUAGGGGGCUUUCUCCAUAAUGUAGCUGGACACUCUAAAUCAGAAAGUUCACAUGAAAAUAUCAAUCAGCUUCGAAAGGGGAGAUUUGGUGAUUUGGGGAACCUAAGAAGAAUCCCUCUCCCCCCCCCCCCGGUGACCUGUCUGGUCCAGCAUCCUUUGUCCUAUAGUAGCCAACCAGAUGCACUUGACAUUCAUGCAUCCAACUGUUGUUCCCUAGCAACGGGCAUUUGGAGGCCAGCUUCUCUGAUCCUGGAGGUACUGUAUAGCUAGAAUGACAUGUAGCCACAUCUAACUGUGUCCAUGAAAGGAGGAGUUGCUGUAAACGGGGCACAAAAGUGUUGAUUCAUUAGUUGGGCCCCUGGUCGGCCCAUGUGCCAGUAUCGUCACAACUCAGCUGUGGCCAAACCAUAAUCUUAAGGAACUGCCCCAGCAAACCCUGGUGCCCCCAGCAAUCCUGAGGAAUCCAUCGUUCCUGCAGAGCUCUUUCAGAUGAGCUUAUUGUUCUCAUUGCAUGUUAGACUCCAGCUUUCAUUGUUCACAUCUAAAUUUGCUGGUCAGUGAUUCAUGUUUGUGAACUUCAGUGCCAAGGGUCCGACAGAGAAUUUGGAAAAGAAGGAUGCCUUGUGUCUUCUGCUCUUUUGGAUAGACAAAAGCCCAAGCUAGCAUACCAUGAGGAGAUAACCACAGCCAGUUUCUAACACUGGAAUUCUAUUUACUGUGGAAAGAGUAAGGAUUUGUUGAGUUCCCAGGUUUCUCUUGUCAUAUUCUGGGCUGCAUCAAUAGGAGUAUAGCAUCUAGAUCAAGGGAAGUAAUAGUAGCACUGUAUUCUGCUCUGGUCAGACCUCACCUGGAGUACUGUGUCCAGUUCUGGGCACCACAGUUCAAGAAGGAUACUGACAAGCUGGAACGUGUCCAGAAGAGGGCAACCAUAAUGGUCAAAGGCCUGGAAACGAUGCCUUAGGAACGGCUUAGGGAGCUGGGUAUGUUUAGCCUGGAGAAGAGAAGGUUAAGGGGUGAUAUGAUAGCCAGGUUCA